AUGGCGGAAGUAACUGAAGAACAGGCGUCCCUGUCGCCUCAGGAAGGGGCCGAGAUCCCGGAAGGCGGAGGGGCUGCGGCGGGGGCUCCGGAGCCGGCUCCCGCCUUGGCCGUUUCCCCGGUGGCCGAGGAACCCGCUGGAGACACGAAGAAGAAAAUUGAUGUUUUGCUUAAGGCUGUUGGAGAUACCCCUAUAAUGAGGACCAAGAAAUGGACUGUAGAGAGAACUCGCACAAUCCAGGGGCUUAUUGACUUCAUCAAAAAAUUUCUCAAACUAUUGGCCUCAGAACAGCUGUUUAUUUAUGUGAAUCAGUCCUUUGCGCCUUCACCAGACCAGGAGGUUGGAACACUCUAUGAGUGCUUUGGAAGUGAUGGCAAGCUGGUACUGCAUUAUUGUAAAUCUCAAGCCUGGGGAUGAAUUAAGACCUGCUGUGGUU